GCGGUAGAGGAGGUAGAGCCAGUCCACGGAGAAACAGGGACCCUUCGCGAUAAAAAAAACCAAACACACACACUCACACACACUUAUCAGAGAAGCGAACUGGAACGCAGCGCUUUUUGAGAUGCUCUGCGUGCGCAGGAGACUCCUAGUAAGAUAAUAAUUUACAUUUUUGAGAUUUUUCCUCUUUUUAAGGCAGCAAAAGAAGAGGACCGGUGGAAACUCUUCACUUUGGAUUUUUAAAAGCAAACUAGAAUUAAAUUCGUUCUUUUUUGUUUUGAAUAAUGAGCGGAAAAGCGGUUUAAGUCGCGCCUAGAUGUGGUGUUUCCAAAUCUGGAAGUUGAACCGUUCCCUGCCAGCACCAACAUCUGAUUUGAUUGUAUCUUGUUCCCGUUGUAGAUUUUAGCCUCGUGCUGGUUUAAAGACAGAAACAGUCGCUUGUGAAACAAUGCUGCUGGAUGCUGGCCACCAGUUCCCCGGACUGGGAGUGGGCUCCUUCUCCAGGCAUCACUCAGCGAGCGAGAUGCAGGAGAGAGAAUUGAGUUUGGCGCAGAACAGCUUUGUAGACUCCGCACACAUGGGUGCGUUUAAGCUGAACCAUGAUCUCUCUCCGGGACAGAGCUCUGCCUUCACCACCCAGGCGCCCGGCUACCCCGCUGCGGCUCUGGGGGCUCACGCGUACGCGAGCUCCCCUUUCAACUCCACCAGGGACUUUCUCUUUCGUAGCCGCGGCUUUGGAGAAUCCUCUCCGGCGAGCAGCCAACACACUAUUUUUGGCCCCACGGCGGGAUCCCUUCAUCACUCCCACACAGACACUCAGAGUCACAUCCUCUUUCCUGGGAUCCACGACCAGCACGGCUCCCACGGCUCCCCCAACGUCCUGAACGGUCAGAUGAGGCUCGGGUUACCGGGGGAAGUUUUCGGCCGCUCCGAGCAGUACCACCAGGUCUCCAGUCCGAGGACCGACCCCUACUCGGCCGCGCAGCUCCACAACCAGUACGGCUCCAUGAAUAUGAACAUGGGGAUGAACAUGGCAGCCCACCAUCACCACCACCACCCCGGUGCCUUCUUCCGCUACAUGAGGCAGCAGUGCAUCAAGCAGGAGCUCAUCUGUAAGUGGAUCGACCCUGAGCAGCUCAGCAACCCCAAGAAGUGUUGCAACAAAACUUUCAGCACCAUGCACGAGCUGGUGACGCACGUCUCCGUGGAGCACGUCGGUGGACCGGAGCAGACCAACCACAUCUGCUUCUGGGAGGACUGCUCCCGGGAGAGCAAGCCGUUCAAGGCAAAAUACAAACUGGUGAACCACAUUCGGGUGCACACGGGGGAGAAGCCGUUUCCGUGUCCCUUCCCCGGCUGUGGGAAGGUCUUCGCGCGGUCGGAAAACUUGAAGAUCCACAAGAGAACGCACACAGGAGAAAAACCGUUCCAGUGUGAGUUUGAAGGCUGCGACAGAAGAUUUGCAAACAGCAGCGACAGAAAGAAACACAUGCAUGUCCACACGUCGGACAAACCAUAUCUGUGCAAAAUGUGUGACAAGUCCUACACGCAUCCCAGCUCUCUACGAAAACACAUGAAGGUCCACGAAUCCACUCCAUCAGCAUCAGAUUCUUCUCCAGCAGCAAGCUCCGGCUACGAAUCCUCCACACCUCCAGGCCUUGUGUCCCCCACCACCGAGACCCAAAGCAACACCACCCUGUCUCCAGCCUCAGCUGUGCACAACACCACCAGCCACAGUGGCCUGUCCUCCAAUUUCAGUGAGUGGUACGUGUAGGACUGAGCACUCUUUUCACAGCAUUGGGCCACUUUUAUUUUUGUUCCCACGUGGAGAACUGGACACAAAAAGGCACACAAACGUUUAUAAUUUUUGUUUUCAUCCACCAAGGGAAAAGAUUGAGAGGGAAAAGAUGUGUAUAAAAGCUGAGGCGUGUUUCUUAUUGUAAAUAGCAACUAAAAAGCCCACCUUUGGUUGUGGUAGUUUGUCAGUCUUUGGUGUUCUAGAUGUUCCUGCAGGUAGCUACUCCUCUAACUGGAAUUUUAGUGCACAUAUUACCAUGGAAUUGUAAUAUACUGUUGAAUAUUGUGAUCCUAAGGCAAACUGAUUGUACUAUACUAAACAUUUAAACUGGAAAGAGUGCCAAAGUUAACAUUUAACUCAAAAACACCACAAUAUUACGCUUGUGAAUGUAUAUUUUUUAGUUUGCUGGGCUUAAACUUGUGAUGUUUUUUGUGCUUUGCAAGUUUUUAAAUUGUGAAAUCCUACCCGGAAGAUUGUGAGGACAAUAAACGUUGUGCCGUUUUCUUUUUCUAAUUUUCUGUAACUACAUCCUUCCUUUUUUUUUUGGUAAAUAUCAGCUACCAUAUUUAUCCAUUUGUAAUUAAAUUAUGGUAUUUACUUGCUACAGAUGAAACAGUAUUUAUAAAGAAUGUUUCUUUUACUAUAAAUAUGUACAAUGAUGAGCUAAACAUGGGCAGUUGUUUCGUUCUGUGCUUUUUCUUUUUCGUUCAAAGUUUUAAGAGGUGUUUUCUUCAUUAUUGUGAUCAGAUUUUACUGCAUACAAAUAUAAUAAAAGGUGUCGCAAGUGCUAAAAA